GUCAGCUUUAAAUAGCAGUCGGCGUUUUGGAUGUAAACGUGACAUCUGCUUAAAUUUUGAAUCCUAAUCUAAACUGUAGAGUGUGAAGAUGGCUAUUAUGGACAGGAUUGUGAAAACGUCUGCGGACACUGCAUGCAAGGUCAGCCAUGUGAUAAAACAAAUGGCGGUUGCACAACGGGUUGUGGUGGGUUUUGGACAGACGCACAGUGCAAAGAAUGUAGAUCUGAUUAUUACCUUUCUAACAAUACCUGCCGGAAAUGUGGACACUGUGUUGGAAAUAAGCCAUGCAACAAUAGAACAGGGGAGUGUAUCAAUGGCUGUGAGGAGAACUGGAUGACAACGAAAUGCGAUGUUUGUGUCGAUGGUAAAUACGGGCAGUGGUGUCAUGAAACAUGUGGACGCUGUCGCAGUGGAACUUGUAAUAAAAAGAACGGAACUUGUGAGAAGGGAUGCCUUCUGCAAUGGCAAGCGCCACUUUGUAAAGAGUGCCAAGAUCAUUACUAUGGGGAGAGAUGUUCAGUGUCAUGUGGUAACUGCUUUGAUAAGAAACCCUGUGACAAAGCUAGCGGAGAGUGUUCAAAAGGAUGUGCCGGACACUGGGAUCCUCCAUAUUGUACAGAGUGUGGAAGGAAUUACUUUGACGAGAACUGUACAUCCACAUGUGGGCAUUGUAAAUCAGGAGCGGCAUGUGAUAAAACAACAGGUACCUGUCCAGACGAAUGCCAGUACAACUGGAGUGGAACCAGAUGUAACGUGUGUGCUGAUGGAUUCUACGGACUUGACUGCUCGGGAGAAUGUGGGAAGUGCAGAUAUAGGGCACCAUGUGACCAUAGGACAGGGAAUUGUACUGCUGGGUGUGAGGGAACACAACAUCCACCUCUGUGUAAAGUGUUGCCGGACUCAAACAAUGACAGAAGUCCCUCCAGUGGAUUAUACGUGGUUAUAGGUGUUAUUACAACACUCCUUGGUGUAGCUGUGUCUGUGAUCGUUGUUCUAGUGUAUGUAAACCAAAAACAGAGACAGUGUCCUUCACAACGGUAUAUUAGCCAACCAGAACCACCUGUAGGCCAUAGUCAAAUGAUGGAACCACAGGAUUAUGACAAACUAGGGGUCCGCCAAACUGACGAGUACAUGGAGAUUACUGCUGGCAAUGAUAAAACUCCCCGAGACAGUGGUUCCAACUAUGUAAACGAAACAUUAAGAUGAUAAUACUGCAACAAUUCAAAUUAUGCAAAUUGUAUAUAAUUUAAAUAAAAACUGUUUAACAUAGGCAAAUGCAUACUCAGAGGAAAGUCUUCUUUCUACCAAUGAAGAAAUAUGUGCAGCACGUUUAUGGAAAAAUGCUACAUAUCAAAGUCCUUCGAAGUCGUUAAAGGAAGAGGGCCAAUUCAUAAAAAAAAUGAUGUAAAAAUUAGUUAAUAACAUAUCAAACAAAAUGACCAAAUUUCUUGCCAAUUGAAUAAUAAAAUAUGUAAUGUUGGA